AUAUGGCAGAUCUUUUAAUCAAAAGCAUUACGAAAACUUGAAUGGGGUCCCCACCAAAAUCGAAUAACUAUAAGAAUCGCUUCAAAUGAUAAUGUAUUCGAAAAAACGUGAACAUGUGAGGGUAAAUAUGUGGUACAAGAAGAAAGCAAAAAUGAUUUAACCAUUAAAAUUUGUAUCUUGGAUUUCUUCGAACAAAAUAUGACCGAGGUGCAGAGCUUUAGUGAGCUAAACAUGCAAGUUUGAAAAUGGCAUAAAAGACAUGAAAUGAAAAAGUAAAUCAAGAUUUUUCGGGGAAUAAAUAGUCACACGUGAUGUGAAAACGAAGAAGUGAAAGCAUACAAGCGAAGGGUGAAGAGUUAAUAAUGGAAAAUGAAAAGUGAAAAAGAUUCAGAAACAAACUACGGAGUAAACAGCCGCGUGUUCACAACAACGAAUGAAAUGGAAUAAAGGCAUUAAAAGAACAGAGAAGAAGAAGAAAACACUUAGGAGGAAAAAGACGACCCUUGGAGAGAAGGAAUCCCUUGUGGCCGUGACGUCAUGGGCAACAACUACACUCGCGAGGACUCGAUAGAAUCGCAAGGGCGGCAGUCGAGGAGCAGCAGCAUCCUGCGCAGAUACAGGUCCUUCAGGCACAAGGACUCCACCAGCCUGUCGAGGUGUUCCACGACGGAGGAUCAGGACGACAGCGAGAGAGAGGCCACAUCCACCGACAACAGGGAAGAAGGCGAGGCCAGGGAACCGCCAGACCUCAUGGCCUUGGAGGAGGCCGAGAGGCAGAAGCCUCCCAAAAUGCUGACGGAGGCGCAGAAGGAGACCAUCAAGAGGACCUGGAAGAUCAUCGAGACCAACGUCGCAAGAGUCGGUGUUGUUACGUUCAUUGGGUUAUUCGAGACGCAUCCGGAUGUGCAGGAGGUCUUCAUCCCCUUCAGAGGACUCCCGAUGGAGGAAGUGCAGCAGUCCAAAGAACUCCGCUCCCACGCACUCAGCCGGAAACACUUAGAAAAACGUUUAUCUGCCAGUCGGAAACACUUAGAAAAACGUUUAUCUGCCAGUCGGAAACACUUAGAAAAACGUUUAUCUGCCAGUUCCACGACAUCCUCAGGGAGACUCCCACAGUCCAACGGGAUAAGGAGUAAAGUACCUCAGGAACAGAGGAGUUCAACAAGGCACAUUUACUGCAUACUGGUGCUGCAGCUGUUCAGCAAAUCUGGUGACUCUCGGCAAGAAAAGAGGACGAUGGAUCAGUUGGAAUGUGGAAAAUCUCUAUGA